GCUCGGCACAGAGGGCUCGGGACACGGGGCUCGGGACGGAGGGCUCGGCACAGAGGGCUCGGGACACAGGGCUCGGCACAGAGGGCUCCGCGGCCUCGGCCAGCUGUUGGACGCGAAGGGCAGAGUCUGAAAACCCAGAGUCCCUGCCAACUGCACGGAGGAAGGAGGAAGGGAGUGCAGUUGAGUUGGGAAGGCUGAUUCUUUCCAAGUGUCAUCCCCUGCUCCCCAGCCCUAGUUGUGUUAAAAGUGGCAGACUUGUGGAAAAUGUAAACAUCAAAACUAGUGUAUCUUAAAAAAAAAAAAAAAAGUUUUCUAAAACUGCAGUCCAUCCUUACCCUUAGAUUUGGGCCUAGCAGGAUUGCAGUGGAAAUUUGACAUCCUUAAAGCAAUUCUACUAGACUAGCCUAAUAAUAGGAGGAGGAGGAGGUGGUUUGGGUACAUAGUUGAAGAAAUUGUGUUUUUUUAAAUCAUCGUACUCUUUAUUUGUGAAUUGUGGGAUUGUUGGCCUAUUUGUGUUAAUAAACCUUAGUUUAGUCCAAAAGUAGAAUUAGAAGUUUUUUUGCAACCUCACCGAGGGAUGUCUUAUUUAAUUGUUUUUUUGUUUUAUAAUUGAAGAAGGAGAUAAGGGCUUUAACCUGAAGCAGGAAGACUUUCAAUUAGUUGUGGCUAAUUCUGUUCAAUUGCUUCUUAGGGAGGUCAUGCUGCCUUAUUCAUGAAAUGUGAAUGGCUCUAUUGACAACAUAUGGAACUGAACAUUUGAAUGACUGGAGGUGAACAUGUAUGAAUAAUAGAGAGAUGAGAAAAAGAAAAUGAAUAGCUCUUCCUGGGGUGUGUUAGAAAGGCUUGACUCAUUCACCAAAUUUAGCUUAUAGUCGUAGUUUUUCAUUGUCAAGUAGCCUAUCGGGUCACACCAGUGUGCAAUAUAUGUUGUUGGUGUGAAUUUGGAUGUCUUUUUUUUUAAAAAAAAAACUAUUGGUCGUGAUUAGAAGCUGAAUUAAACCAGAAGGGUUUUGAAUACCUAUUGAAAUGUUGUCUUAAAAGUAGCUGACCUAAUUAGGAUUUUGUUUUGCAGAUAAUUUGGUGGCACACUAAAAACAAAUUACAGUUUAUUUGGUUAGCACAAUCUUUAAUUACAUUUCCGCCAGCAGUAAAUUGUCUCAAUACAAGUCCACAUUCCUUAAAUAUAUGUGAAAAUAAGUUCCACUUGUAUAAAUAAGCACUAAGUCUGUUGUCAGAAGCCCCACUGUGAUCGCUCAGUGGACAGCUCUGUCAUUCUUGUACUUGUGUGACUUUUAACCAACUUUGUAGUUGUCACCAAACCAUGUGGUCUAAAUUCUUUAUUGUAAAUGUUUCUUUUGUUUAUGCCUAAAGCUCUAGAGGUCUCCUCUCUCCACCUUUGGAAGCAGAAAAACACAUGGAAUUGGGCUUUAACCUCUCUGUUACUUGGCGUUUGGAACAAGAGGCAUAUGAUAGCUGUUUCUCGAAUUUUACAUAAUUGUAAGAGUGUUGAAGUAGACAGUUUCAGAGUUCAGAAAGAAGUAGAAAAUUACACAUUGUCCUUUCCAGUAUCUUAACUUUUUCUUAGGUAAUUAAGAUAGUAAACAUUUGCCCUAGGACUAAUUUAUGAGAGCACCAUUCAGGAGAACUUUAUCUUUGGUGUCACUUUGUUGAAUUUGCAAGUUAAGAAAAAUCAAUUAAUAUACUUCCUGUAUGUAUUUGUUCCCCAGCUUUCGUUGUAGUUUAUGGCCUUAAUCUCACAUGUGAAAAACUGUAAAGUUUAAGCCGUAAAAUAAUAAUAAUAUCGUUCUUUCAAAAAGUGACUUGUAAUACUUUAAUGAAAGUGGCUUUUGAAACAGUAACUAGUUGAAGCUCUGCUUAAGGCUGCCUUUAAAGGCAGACUUGCGUUUACAUCUAGAAUUUGUGCUUACAGAGUUCUGAACCCAGAGAGGAGUUGCUUGCUGGAAUAGGUUACUUAGCCAAAAGAGGGAAAAGUUGCUCAAUUGCCAGUGAGAGCUUAAUGUAUUAAAAUCUCACUGGAAUUUCAGAAUUAUUUAUCUUAUCACGUAGAAAUGUUUGCAUGUGAGCUGGGCUGAGGCGAAAGUCCGAAAGGUACUUUCUGCUGGUGUGGCUUCCUUAGUGUUCGCCUGUUAUAAAUUGUCUGGCCGGUACCAGAAUUGGGGCUGGGGUGGGGGGUCAUGGUCCUUAUGGUUUUCACAGCUGUUUUUCUAUAUUUUCCAGACUAAAACUUGAACGUAGCAAGCUGAUUUAUGAGUCACUUUGGAUCAGUGUCUUAAAACAGCUAUAGCCUGGCUUUUUGUUUUUCAGCUUUCCAGAUUUCUGCUGAAUUAGCAGCUCUGCAGGCCCCAGUGGGAUUGAUUAAGAAGCUGUGCUGGAUUUGCAUUUUAAAAUUUGACUUGGAAGUUAGAUUUCCAAAUGCUAAAAGGAACAAAGUGAUGGCUGGAACCAAAUGUUGUAAAUUAAUUUUUUUUCGUAUAUAUUUAUUCACUUGCUAAUGUGCAGGAGAAAAGGCUUUUUUUCCUGCCAUGUACAGUUUGAUUUUCAAGCAUUUGGCCAGCUGAGUUCUAGGGACUUGAGUCACAACAGAUUGUCUUUCAUCAAGGCAAAUUCCAUGAGCCACCUUCAAAACCUUCGAGAAGUGAAACUGAACAACAAUGAAUUGGAGACCAUUCCAAAUCUAGGACCAGUCUCAGCAAAUAUUACGCUUCUCUCCUUAGCUGGAAACAGGAUUGUUGAGAUAUUACCUGAGCAUCUGAAACAAUUUCAGUCCCUUGAAACUUUGGACCUGAGCAGCAAUAAUAUUUCAGAGCUUAAAACUCCCCUUCCACCCCUACAACUCAAAUAUCUGUAUAUCAACAGCAACCGAGUCACUUCAAUGGAACCCGGGUAUUUUGACAAUCUGGCCAACACACUCCUGGUGUUGAAGCUGAACCGGAACCGGAUCUCCGCUAUCCCACCCAAGAUGUUUAAACUGCCCCAGCUGCAACACCUUGAACUGAACCGAAACAAGAUUAAAAACGUAGAUGGACUCACAUUCCAAGGGCUUGGUGCUCUGAAGUCUCUGAAAAUGCAAAGAAAUGGAGUAACAAAACUUAUGGAUGGCGCUUUUUGGGGGCUGAGCAACAUGGAAGUCUUGCAGCUGGACCAUAACAACCUAACAGAGAUCACCAAAGGCUGGCUUUACGGCUUGCUGAUGCUGCAGGAGCUUCAUCUCAGCCAAAACGCCAUCAACAGGAUCAGCCCUGAUGCCUGGGAGUUUUGCCAGAAACUCAGCGAGCUGGACCUAACUUUCAAUCACUUAUCGAGGCUGGAUGAUUCAAGCUUCCUGGGCCUAAGCUUACUAAAUACCCUGCACAUUGGGAAUAACAAAGUUAGCUACAUUGCUGAUUGUGCCUUCCGGGGGCUUUCCAGUUUAAAGACUCUGGAUCUGAAGAACAAUGAAAUUUCCUGGACUAUUGAAGACAUGAACGGUGCUUUCUCUGGGCUGGACAAACUGAGACGGCUAAUACUCCAGGGAAACCGGAUCCGAUCCAUUACCAAAAAGGCCUUUACUGGUUUGGACGCAUUAGAACAUCUAGAUCUGAGUGACAACGCAAUCAUGUCAUUACAAGGCAAUGCAUUUUCACAAAUGAAGAAGCUUCAGCAACUGCAUUUAAAUACAUCAAGCCUUUUGUGCGAUUGCCAACUAAAAUGGCUCCCACAGUGGGUGGCGGAAAACAACUUUCAGAGCUUUGUAAAUGCCAGUUGCGCCCAUCCUCAGCUGCUAAAAGGAAGAAGUAUUUUUGCUGUUAGCCCAGAUGGCUUUGUGUGUGAUGAUUUUCCUAAACCCCAGAUCACCGUUCAGCCAGAAACACAGUCGGCAAUAAAAGGUUCCAAUUUGAGUUUUAUCUGCUCAGCCGCCAGCAGCAGUGACUCCCCAAUGACUUUUGCUUGGAAAAAAGACAAUGAACUACUGCACGAUGCCGAAAUGGAAAAUUACGCACACCUGCGGGCGCAGGGUGGCGAGGUGAUGGAGUACACCACCAUUCUCCGGCUCCGCAACGUGGAAUUUGCCAGCGAAGGGAAAUAUCAGUGUGUCAUCUCCAAUCACUUCGGUUCAUCCUACUCUGUCAAAGCCAAGCUUACAGUAAAUAUGCUCCCUUCCUUCACCAAGACCCCCAUGGACCUCACGAUCCGUGCCGGGGCCAUGGCGCGCUUGGAGUGCGCUGCCCUGGGACAUCCAGCCCCGCAGAUAGCCUGGCAGAAGGAUGGGGGUACAGACUUCCCAGCCGCGAGGGAGAGACGCAUGCAUGUUAUGCCUGAGGAUGAUGUGUUCUUUAUUGUGGAUGUGAAGAUAGAGGACAUUGGGGUUUACAGCUGCACAGCCCAGAACAGUGCGGGAAGCAUUUCUGCUAAUGCAACUCUGACUGUCCUGGAAACACCAUCGUUUUUGCGGCCCCUGCUAGACCGAACCGUGACCAAGGGAGAAACUGCUGUCCUGCAGUGCAUCGCUGGAGGCAGCCCCCCUCCCAGGUUGAACUGGACCAAGGACGACAGCCCCUUGGUGGUCACCGAAAGGCACUUCUUUGCAGCAGGCAACCAGCUGCUGAUCAUCGUGGACUCUGAUGUCAGUGACGCUGGGAAAUACACGUGUGAAAUGUCGAACACCCUGGGCACCGAGAGGGGCAACGUGCGCCUCAGCGUGAUCCCCACCCCCACCUGCGACUCCCCUCAGAUGACCGCCUCGUCGCUGGACGAUGACGGGUGGGCCACCGUGGGCGUCGUGAUCAUAGCGGUGGUGUGCUGCGUGGUGGGCACAUCGCUCGUGUGGGUGGUCAUCAUAUACCACACAAGGCGGAGGAACGAAGAUUGCAGCAUCACCAACACAGAUGAGACCAACUUGCCGGCAGAUAUCCCGAGUUACUUGUCAUCUCAGGGAACCUUAGCCGACAGGCAGGAUGGCUACAUCUCCUCAGAAAGCGGAAGCCACCACCAGUUCGUCACUUCUUCAGGAGGUGGAUUUUUCUUACCGCAACAUGACAGCAAUGGGACCUGCCACAUUGACAAUAGUAGUGAAGCCGAUGUGGAAGUUGCCACGGAUCCAUUCCUUUGUCCCUUUCUGGGGUCCUCAGGCCCUGUGUAUUUGAAGGGGAAUGUGUACAGCUCAGAUCCAUUUGAAGCCUAUCAUACAGGUUGUGGUCCUGACCUGAGACCAGCCUUGAUGGACCACUGUGAGCCCAGUUACAUAAAGAAAAAGGAGUGCUACCCAUGUCCUUAUCCUCCAGAGGACUCCUGCGAACAGAGUGUCAGUGAUAUAGGAUGGCCUUCACAUGUGAGGAAGUUACUCAACUCUUCUUACUCUCAAAAUGAAGGACCUGGAGUGAAAAGUUUGUGUCUAAACAAGUCCUCUUUAGAUUUUAGUCCAAGUCCAGAGCCAGCAUCAGUUACUUCAAAUAAUUCUUUCAUGGGAACAUUUGGAAAGCCUCUGAAGAGAGCUCAUCUGGAUGCCUUUUCAAACUUUGGACAGCCAGUGGAUUGUCAGCCAAGAGCCUUUCACCUGAAAACUCGUUCUUCCCCAGACUUGGACUCUGAGUCAGAGGAAUAUGGGAAAGAAAGGACAGAUUUUCAGCAAGAAAAUCACACAUGUACCUAUAAACAGACCGUAGAAAACCACAGGACUCCAAAUUUUCAGUCUUAUGACCUGGACACAUAGACAGAAUGAGAGCAAAGAAGAGCUCUAACAUACUACCUCAAGUGGACUUUUAUUUAAAAGAGAGAAUCCUAUGUUUUUAAAUGGAGUUAUGAAUUUUAAAAGAAUAAAAUGUCUUAUUUAUACAGAUGGACCAAAAUUACAAAAAGUUAUAAAAAUUUUAUACUGGGAGUAACUUUCAUAUAAGAAUACCCUUUUAAAACUAUUUUAACUUUGUUUUAUGCAAAAAAAAAGAUCUUAUGUAAGUUAAUGGUAUGAAUCCAUGACUAUUUUAUGUAUUUUUAUAAUGCCAGAUUUCUUUUUAUUGAAAAUGAGUACUAAAGCAUUUUAAAUAAUACCUGUCUUGUACCCUUUUUGAAUAGAGUUCACUUAAUUUUAUUUUGCACAUUGCAUUUAAUAAAAUGUGUCAUUGGGAUCCCAUGCCCCAUCUAUACAACUACAGUUUUUAUUGUUUUUGACACAUUUUAGGCUUAAUAAUUUCAUAUUAUCAUGUCUCAAAUUGAUGGAAAUUAGGCUCAGCACAUUAAAAUAUAAGCAAAAAGAUGACCACUCUGCCUAUCACACAAGGUUGAGGUAAUACGGACUCUAAUUGGAUUAGUGUAUGUGAAAGCACAUUAUAAAUGUAAAAGAACUACAAAGAUUUGAGGUACAUUAAUUUAUUCCUAACGUUACAAAUAAAAAAAAGACUUGUUGGUAUAGUCUGCUCUAAUGCAGUGCAGCCACCAUUGCUUAAAUCACUGUUCAAGCCAUGUUUCUUUAAUUAUAAUAAUGCCUUAUGUGGUCUAAUGCCCUGUGCUUUUCCAAAUAGUUUCACAUUCACCAUCCCUUUAAUUAUAACAAGAGCGUGGUUUAUUGCACAUUUCUAUAGUUAAAAUGGCUAUAACCAAGGUGGAUUUUCAUCCAGUGUUCCAGCUGAGAAUGGGAUGUUGAUGGAAUUCUUGGUUAUUCUUACUGAUUUUCUGCUGGAUGAGCAGUUCUAAUAGAAAAGCUACUUUUAAACUAUUCUGCAACAUUCCUUAAGAAUUAAAAUACUUUUCUAAUUUGGUCAUCCUGCUCUACUUGUUAAAAACUGAGUAUCAAAUCUCUUACUUGAACGAUUUAAAAUACUUGUUUUAAACAGUAUUUAGAUAAAAACGGCAUUACAUGACUGGCGUGUACACACACAAAAUGAAUAUAGUCAUUUUAAAAAUUAAGCGACAUUGUUUUAAGUAAUUGAAAUAAACUUAAGCUUAACAAUU